AUGGCAGAGCCCGUGAACGCGCGUGUGGCGGACAUUUAUGAGGCCUCCUCCAAGCUCUCGCGCUACGCCUUCGAGCCCUACUGGCCGGAGAAGAAGCUGAAGAUUUGCGUGACCGGCGCUGGCGGCUUCAUCGCAAGUCACCUGGCCAAGCGGCUAAAGUCUGAGGGCCACUACAUCAUCGGCUGCGACUGGAAGCGCAACGAGCACAUGCCGGAGGAGGUGUUUUGCGACGAGUUUGUUCUGGUGGACCUGCGCGUGUUUGACAACUGCAGGAAGGUGGUGGAGGGGUGCGAGCACGUGUUCAACCUGGCGGCAGACAUGGGCGGCAUGGGCUUCAUCCAGUCCAACCACUCGGUGAGCAUGAACCAGAUGAUGGAGAUGGUGAUGGGCUUUGAUGGCAUGAAGAAGGGCAUCAAGCACAUCCCGGGCCCCGAGGGCGUGCGCGGCCGCAACUCCGACAACAAGCUCAUCCUGGAAAAGCUGGGCUGGGAGCCAACCAUCAAGCUGGAGGAUGGCCUGCGCGUGACGUACGGCUGGAUCAAGGGGGAGCUGGAGAAGGAGGCCAAGGAGCAGGGCAAGGACAUCAGCGAGUACUCCCACUCAAUGGUGGUGGGCACGCAGGCGCCCAAGGAGCUGGGCACGCUGCGCGCGGCAGACGGCCUGGAGGAGUACUCGGGCAAGAAGUGA